UUUUUUUUACUACUAUCAUUGUCUUUUUUUCUCCGGUUCAGUCUCUGAAAGAGAGCGGGCUUAUAUUAUACUUUUUCAACAAUGUUUGGGAAACGCACGGGCUUUAUUGCUGCGGUGGCAGCAGUGCUGUUUUCCGGAUCGGUGCUCGCGCAGAUUCCCGACGCCUUUUCCGCGGGAUUCGAUCCCAAGUCUAUUCAGUUGGAGGUGACGUUUGGGUCGAAGGAAUUGAAGGAUGGGGAUGUUCUUACUCCUGCUGAUGCUGCUGCGCUACCAAAGUUCGCAUUGGGAGGAUCCUCCGGUAUCAGUCCAAAGACAAAGUACUGCAUUCUGAUGAUAGAUCCCGAUUCUCCGAACCGUGAUGAUGCGGUUGCGCCCCAGGUCCUGCACUACUUGAAGACCGACUUCACGGUGUUCGAGCUCACGAACCUUGCAUCCCAGUCCAAUCCGACGCUCAAGUAUGUCGGUCCCGACGCUUCCACCGGUUCAGGUCCACACAGAUAUAUCUUCCUGUUGUAUGUUCAGCCGGAUGGAUUCUCCGUCCAGGGUGUUCCGGGCGAGUCUAAUAGGGGAGGAUUUAAUGUGUCGAGUUGGAGGGAAGUAAACAAUCUCAAGAGGGCCGUCGCUGGUAUCCACUUUGUCGCUACUCCACCAGCGGGUGGGGCGGCCCCGAGUUCUGCUGCCGGUGCCGAGAGCAAGACUGCCGUCGCCCCGCCAGCGAGCACUUUGACUUCAAAUGGCGUUGUGUAUACUACUACACCACCGCCAUGCACCACAUCUACAUCAAAGUCCGCGCAAUCGGUGCCCGUCCAAACGACCAGCCAGCCGGUGGCCGUUCCCUCCAAGUCCCAACCACCAAUGACAUAUACCUCCGUUCCCCCAGCUCAGACUUCCGUUCCCGCUGGGCCUCCCAAGACCCACACCGUCAAAGUCGGAGGCCCCAACCUCCUUAAGUACACGCCCGAGAAUGUCAUCGCCAACGUCGGAGACGUGGUUUACUUUGAUUUCCUCGAGAGGAAUCAUACCGUCACCCAAUCCACCUUCGACAACCCAUGCGUUCUCAACCCCAACGGCGUCAGGUCCGGUUUCAGGCCCAACCCGCAGAACAUUCCCGGGAAGGAGACCUUCAACGUUACCGUCUCCGAUGACAAGCCCAAGUGGUUCUAUUGCGCGCAGGGAACGCACUGCAAGGCCGGUAUGGUCUUCGCCAUCAACCCGGGCGCAAAGUUCGAAGAAUUCGUCAAUAAGGCAAAGAGCGGCGGCAACGCUACCACUACUGCUGGAGGCCCCGCUGUCACUGGCACCCCUAACCCUUCUGCCCCAGUUACACUUAUUCCCUCAGGCACUAUCACACCUCCCGUUAACUCGACCGCGCCUACGGGAACUCCCGUCUUCACAGGUGCUGGUUCAAGGGUCACCUUCUCCAUCACCACCUUUGUGGGAGUAUUCCUUACUGCAUGGUUGCUCGUAUAGUCGGUCAGAUAUUGUUGUUUUUGUUUUUGUUUUGCUUGCUUUUUUUUUGGUUUUACCCUUUCAUAGCGUCUAAAGAUCUGGAGAAAAAGAUUUUGUAGUUUUAAUUAUGUAUGAUCACAACCCCCUUUUUUUGAUACCUUGUUUUGUCUUUAUCCCCCUCUCGCCCUCCCUCCCCUCGCCCCAUAUUCUUCCCUUUUACCUCUCCCUUGAUCGGGAUGAGACAUCUCUUUUUUGCUUCACUUUUAUACAUAUUGCUCGUCAUGGAAAUUGAAUGGAUGGAAUUACUUAUUUA